GUUAGGAUGAAGGCAAGACAGACUGCAUCAAAAUAGUUUGUGUAAUAAGUCUUAUUAUGAAUCUACUUAUUCUGUGAAUCAACUUUGUCAUCACGUACAGUCGUGUCAAUAACAAAUAAGCGCAGCUACUGUGGGAGCAUAUUUCUAAGCUGAGGACCGUGGUCAGACAAAGGCUACUCAGAAAUUAAGUGGCAAAUAAGUAGCUCUCACUUAUAUCCUCCCUAGUACACCAGGUCAUUGAAAAGAAAUUGAAAAUAUGUCUUUCAAAUUAUUAUGCUCAGCCUGGACGCUUUCCUUUUUGAUUUGGGCCCAGAAUUUAUCAGCAAUUGAAUACAAGCUCUCUCUUGAGUCAUCUCUCAUUAGUAGAAGUCAAAGUUCAAGUCAAUCAUAUUGCAAUUGCCCAAGCCACAAUAAGGCAUCUUACGAAACCACUUUGAGGUAGUUCUUGCAACAGUUCACAGAGCUGCUUACAACUCAGUUACAGUAGGUCUUGAUACCCAGUAUGUUGUAACGCAUUCAGCCACUGGAGUUAAACUCACUCUAGACUAUUAUUUUAUAUAUCUAGGUAAAUUAAUUUAGUUUUAUGGCAGAUUUGGUUUAUUUGCAUUACCUACAAUCUCCAAAGAGAUUCACUGGAGUUAGUCAAACUACAAUAGAUUCCUGUUGUUUAGCUACGGCUUGGUAAGGUUACAGUUGGGGAUAUGUUUAGAAUAAAGGUUAAGGUUAGGGUUUGUUAAUUGUUGAAAUGUUAACUGAUAGUUUUAGAGCAACUACAAUUUAACUUUUGGGACCAAAGUUUUACUGCCUGGGCUUUCAGGAUGGGAAUCUGUAAAAGCACUUAAUGACAACAGCUGAUGUAAAAAGGGCUUUAUAAAAUAAAUGUGAUUGAUUGGUAGCUCAGAAUAAGACAUAAUUUUUCUAUCGAUUUAGUUUUUCAAUGCCAUAAAAAAGUUUCAUCAUCGCUGUACAGUCAGUGACUGAACGCGGUGCUCUGGAUAAUUGUGUCACUCAAGCCUUACCCCGCCCACAUUUUCCAAGCAGACCCAAGCCAGACGCCCACAUUGUGGCGCCCGCUUCGUAGUAAACGUCCAUUCAACCACUUACAGCAAAGGCUACGUGACAGACAGCUGAGUCGAGUGAGAGAAUAAACAAAUCCAGAGAAUCAAGCUUUUGACAGCAACAGAGCAAAACACGAUUAUCUGGGUUAUUGUCCUCUCUUUUGGGCUGUUUUCAUUUCACUCGUUUAUCGCAGCUUCGUAUCGGAGGAAUGAGAGGGAAUCUUUCCCCGAGCGAAGACACAUCAGGGUAUCCUUCAAUGAUGCCUGUUUCGGACUUCCAUGCAAAGCUUCCUGGUACUGCGGAGCCGACCGAGGAAGUGUGUGGAGCAGGAGGAGCUGUCCCUUGUAGAUCGCCGACAGGGAAUGCCUCGCGGGGGAAGCUCUUGGGUGAUGGAGGAUGCGCCCAGGCGGGGUGGUUGAAAGAAAAAAACGUUCUUGCCCCACCGAUGUUCAUCUUCCAAAAGAACUCUGCAACCAUGAAGAGAAGAGCCGAGAGAUGGGAGGAGAACUCUGUUGGAAUCAGCUCAAACAAACGAGUCAGAUCGUUCACCUACCCGAACCCCAACAACAGAAACAGGAAAGGCUCCUGUGACAGCGGUAGACGAGUGCGAUCAGGUUCCCUCUCUUUUCCCCCGCCGCUUCCAGUCUCAAGAUCGAAUAUCUUCAUGCCUUCAAAUCUGUGCAACCGGAACAGCAUUUCACCAAACACAGUGUGCCCUCUGAACAGGGUGAGACGGUCAUUACUUCAGCCUGCACGUCUUGUCUGCCCCGAGCCUUGGAACGUGUCGUCACAGCCACACCAGUCUGAGGUGAGCAAUGACAACUCAGAUGAUUGCUGCAGCGUCACAACUGACCACUCCUCACCCCUUGCGAGUGUUUUACAUCCCCAGACAUCCCCUCAGGUUUUCAGGAUGAAGGGAGAAGGUUCCACCUCAGACAGAGUCCAGUUUGUAUUUGGGGAAAAUAUGAGUGAGAGAGUUUUGAGACCACAAAAAUCACCCAGCAGUGAAGAUUCUGAUUGCAGCUCUUCUGAUUCGGAAGCCUCUAUCUUUGAGUCAAGCCAUGAAGGUGCUGGGUGGAGCAGUCUGAGGGAAUCCGCGGCAGCUUACACUGCCUCCUGUAGGAGGCAGCGUGUGGUCAGGCUCCGGCAGGUUCAGCUGCUCACUGGGGAGGAGAAGGAGAGCAAUGUGGUCCAGCUGUCCUGUAAACUGUUUGUCCUGGAAAAGAGAACUCAGUCAUGGACCGAACGAGGAAGAGGUGUCCUGCGACUCAAUGAUCUAGCCUCAGGGACCAAAGGAGAGCUGCAGUCCAGGAUAGUGAUGAGGCACCAGGGCAGUCUCAAGGUCAUCCUCAACACUAAGCUCUGGCCACACACACACCUGCGUCGCCCUGCCCGUCGUAACCUCCAGGUGACAGCCACCGAUAUGGAGACUCAGGCCGUUCGGGUGUUCCUCAUCCAGGGCAGUGCCAGGGAUGUGGCUCGCCUCUACGUAGCCAUUCACCACCGAUUGGUAGCCCUACGGGCCAGUGAGGUGGAGGCCGCAGGGGGAAGGACCAGGGAUGGGCACUGUAACAGUGAGAAUGAGGAAGAAGAAGAGGAGACACAACAGCAGAAAAGAGAAGAAGGGCUGCUAGUGACACGACUGCGACCUGUGGCUUGUGACUGGGUACACAGUAAACCCGGUUUGGAUUCCUGGUGACAUGAUGUCAUAUCCUGGCCUGGUCUAUGCCACAGUUUUCGGUGUCAUCCCAUCUGACCUGAACAGAGCUUCUGACCCUAAUGGAACAGUGGGACAAAACAUGAGCAAUAGCAGGAAAAUCAAUACUUGUAUCUGCUGCGCUGCCAUGACUGCCUUUUGCCAAAAUAGAUGUAGAAACCUAUAUUUGUGAUGUCUUAUGUAGAUAAAUACUCAACAGAAGCUAUAUUUGUGAUGUCUUAUGUAAACAGAUUAUUUUAAAGAUGUCCUUUAAGCUGUUGUUAUGCUACCACAUUACAACAGAGGGAACCGACAGUAGAUUUAAUGUCUGAUUGAAGAAUAUUUUUGGAUUCAACAAGUUUUUUGAUUUUCUAUUAUGAUUGAAUGAAUGCAAAAUCUUCAUGCAAGUGCUAUGUGUGGCUGAGGCACCCACAUUCAACUUUGUAAUAUUCCCAAAGGUUUUGUUCUUAUAUAUUUAUAUUAUAAGCAUUGUUUUGUUAUAUUUUUAAGUGCUUUAAAUACUGCUAAAGAUCAACUGAAUGAUGUGAAAAAUCGCUAAGAAAUUAUUUUAUUACAAAUAUUAAAUGUAUCUUCUUAUUCCAACUGUGAAACAAACAAAAUAGCUUUACUGUUAGCUGUUUCAUUUAUACAGUACAUUACUGAAAUAAACAAGGCUGUGAUAUGCUUACCUUUCCUCUGUAGUACUAAAUGCAUUUUCCUGCCUACCUCUAUAUUUACUGCAAAUGUGAGGAAAUAUUGACAUGUUUAAUGGAAUUUAAGUUAUCUUACCCUGUGUUUUGUCAUCAAGCAACUAACUUAAAAGGGUAAUUCUGGACAAAAGCAAACAUGACUAGCAUCUAGUUCAUAUUUUGAUUUGUAUAUCAAUCUGUUUCUGAUAAUAUCUAUAUGUUAUAUGAACUGUUCGUUGUGAAUGAUAAAAACAGAUUUUCUAAUACAACUUUGGAAUUUAGUAUAAUUUUUUGACUUGGUUGUUGAGAUGCUCCGCUGAUGAUGCUAACAAAAAAUAAAACAAAGGUAAACCACUCA